GGCUUGGUUAAGGGGAGGAGUCAGAGUCGCCGGGUGGCAGAGAGCGCAGGCUGACCCUGCAGCGGGGUCAUGGCUUCCAGAGGCUCCGGGCCGUCGCUGACCAGGAGGAACUUCCGACUGUCCACCGAGCCGGAGAAGAGCCGGGGGGCCGGCAUAGUGAGCGAGCGGCUGCUGAGUCAGUACCUGCACCGCGUCUUCCCGGGCAGCGAGGGAGCGCAACAUGGCGCCGCGUCCAGAAAACCUCUCACUUUCCAGAACCUUGAGGAGCGACUCGACCGUCUGCUGACCUCCGAGACCCAAGAGAAUGCAGACCCCGUUGUGGAUGGGCGUCUUGGACCCCCCACCGUCGUCCUGGAUCACACGAGUGGCUUUGAAGGGCUGUUAUUGGUGGAUGAUGAUCUUCUGGGGGUGAUUGGACACAGUAACUUCAGCUCUAUCCGAGCCACGACCUGUGUCUACAAAGGGCGGUGGCUGUACGAGGUGCUGAUCUCUUCCCAGGGCCUCAUGCAGAUCGGUUGGUGCACCCUGAGCUGCCGCUUCAACCAGGAGGAGGGCGUUGGCGACACCCCAGAUUCGUACGCCUAUGAUGGGAACAGGGUCCGUAAAUGGAACGUGACCACCACCAACUACGGCAAGUCCUGGGCGGCCGGGGACAUCGUCAGCUGCCUCAUCGACCUGGACGAAGGAUCCAUCUCGUUCUGCCUGAACGGCGUGAGUCUGGGCACCGCCUUCAGCAACCUCUCCCGGGGCGCCGGCAUGGCCUACUUCCCUGCUAUCAGCCUGUCCUUUAAGGAGUCGGUGGCGUUCAACUUCGGCUCGCGCCCGUUACGAUAUCCUGUGGACGGAUACCGCCCCCUUCAGGAUCCUCCCGCCACCGAUCUCCUCAAGGCCCAGAGGCUGCUGGGACAUCUAAAGAACGUCCUGAGCACCAGGAUAGACGUGCAGGAGGGGCGUCUGGUGGACAAGGACCCCACCACGUGGCAGCUGCAGGGUGAGCCCACCGUACUCAUCACCCUGGCGCACAUAUUCAACCACUUUGCCCCCUUGAUGUGUAAGGUUUAUCUGGUGGAGGACGUCCUCAUGAACUUCCUCCUGGGGAUCCUGGAGGGAGGGGGUGCAGUUGGGGAGCACCCGCUCAUCCAGCAUCUCUUGGACCUCAUGUGGCUGCUGAUGGAGGACUAUGAGAUCCACGAGUUCCUCAAGCAGCUGAUGAUGUCUCUGCUCCGUGCGUAUCGCUUCUCGCCCAUUGUGCCUGACCUGGGACUGCAGAUCCACUACCUGCGCCUGACAAUCGCCAUCCUGAGGCAUGAAAAGUCCCGGAAAUAUCUGCUCAGCAACGUCCUAUUUGACGUCCUGCGCUCGGUCGUCUUCUUCUUCAUCAAGAGCCCGCUGCGGGUGGAGGAGGCCGGGCUGCAGGAGCUCAUCCCAACCACCUGGUGGCCAAACCAAUUCAACAAAGAGGGGAAAGAAAUCAAGGAGCCGGCGGAGGAGACGGGCGCGGAGCGGCUGAGGAGGCGGGCCUACGAGCGCGGCUGCACGAGGCUGAAGAAGCGCAUUGAAGUGGUGGAAGAGCUGCAGGUGCAGAUCCUGAGACUCCUGCUGAACAACAAGGACAAGGGGGCGGGCGAAGCCUCCCGCUACAUAUUCCUCAACAAGUUCAGGAAAUUCCUGCAGGAGAACGCCAGUAACCGAGGGAACCCGACCGUCCUGUGCCCCCCGGAGUACAUGGUGUGCUUCCUGCACCGCCUCAUCACCGCCCUCCGGUGCUGCUGGGAUGACUACCACAGCCGCUGUCCGCCGGCGCUCUGCAGUGAGGAUGCCUACGUGCCACCCCAACUCUUCUACAAUGGGAAGGUGGAUUACUUUGACCUGCAGAGGCUCGGGGGUCUUCUGUCUCACCUACGGAAGAUGCUGAAAGAUGACCUCGCGUCCAAGGCCAACAUCGUCAUCGACCCCUCGGAGCUGCAGGCGGUCACCAUGGACGAUCUGGAAGAGGAGGAUGAGUCCACCAGCACCACGGCCCAGAGGGCCUCCGCUGCUCUGGCCAUUGGGGGGGCGCUGGCCCGGCCCGGCUGGCUGAGCUCGCCAACACUGGGGAGGGCGAACCGCUUCCUGAGCACCGCGGCCGUCAGUCUGAUGAACCCGCGCCGGCCCGCGGAGAAGGUGAAGGUGCGGAGCCUGAGCGUGGAGCAGCGCACCGAGGACGACAUUGAAGGGCAUCAUGGGAAUGAGGGGCUGCUGCUGGGAAGACCCCCGGAGGAGGCGGAGCUCCCCAUCACGGAGAACUCUCUGCUGGAGAUCCUGGACGGCGCGGUGAUGAUGUAUAACCUGAGCGUGCACCAGCAGCUGGGGAAGAUGGUCGGGGUCUCGGACGAUGUGAAUGAAUACGCUCUGGCACUCAAGGACACCGAGGAGAAGAUAAAGCGCUGUCCGCAGAGGAGGGCGGACAUCCUGGAGGAGCUGCACAAGAGCCGCCAAGUGUUCCUGGAGAAGCUGAACCACCUGAGCCGCCGCCUGGCCUGGAUCAACGUCACCAUCUACUCCAAGGAGAAGAUGCAGGACAUUUACUGGUUACUGCAGGUCUGUCUGCGGACCAUCGAGCACGCUGACCGCACCGGGGCCCUGCUCGCCUUCAUGCCCGAGUUCUACCUGAAUGUCGCCAUGAACAGUUACAACGCCCUGAAGAACUACUUCAACCCCGUCAGCAGCAUGGAGGAGCUCCCCGGUUAUGAAGAGACCCUGACGCGCCUGGCUGCCAUUUUGGCCAAACACUUUGCUGAUGCGCGCAUUGUAGGGACGGACAUUAAGGAUUCCCUGAUGCAGGCGCUGGCGAGCUACGUGUGCUAUCCGCACUCCCUUCGGGCCGUGGAGCGGAUCUCCGAGGAGCAGCAGAUCAGCAUGAUGAAGAAUCUUCUGGCGCCGUAUGAGCAGCGGCCGUGGGCGCAGACCAACUGGAUCCUCGUCAGACUCUGGAGAGGCUGUGGUUUUGGUUAUAGGUACACAAGACUCCCGCACCUGCUGAAGACCAAACCAGAGGACGCCAACCUUCCCAGCCUGCAGAAGCCUUGCCCGUCCACACUGCUGCAGAGCCACAUGGCGGAGUUACUUCGGGGGGAUCCAGAACUGGCCUCCAGCUUUCUGAACAGCGUCUUGAACCAGCUGAACUGGGCAUUCUCCGAGUUCAUCGGAAUGAUUCAGGAGAUCCAGCAGGCCGCCGAGCGCCUAGAGAGGAAUUUUGUCGACAGCCGACAGUUAAAAGUUUGUGCCACCUGCUUUGACCUGUCAGUCAGCCUCCUGCGGGUCCUGGAGAUGACGGUCACACUGGUCCCAGAUAUCUUCCUCGACUGGAGCCGCUCAUCUUCUGAACUUCUCCUCCGCAGAUUAGCUCAGCUUCUGAAUCAAGUCUUGAACCGCGUGACGGCAGAGCGGAACCUGUUUGAUAGGGUGGUCACCCUCCGGCUCCCAGGUCUGGAGAGCGUGGACCAUUACCCGAUUCUGGUGGCUGUGAGUGGGAUCCUGGUGCGUCUGCUGGUGGAAGGUGAACCCCAGGGGAUCCAGCGAGCGACGAAUGUCUUACUGGCCGACCCUUGUUUCCAGCUGCGCUCCAUCCAGUACUUACUGGGUCAGACGGAGCCGAACCCCCUGGGGGGCGCACAGACGCCUGCGGACAAGAAGCAUUUCUCCCUGCAGGCCUACUCGGAUUACAUUAAUGCAGAAGAGCUGAGUAAAGUGGAGCAGAUGCUGAGCCUCCUGAGCGAGGAGUCCAAGCAGGCGGCGGCCAGCACUCAGCCGACCAGUGAGGAGGAUCUGUGCCCCAUCUGCUACGCUCACCCCAUCUCCGCCAUAUUCAGGCCCUGCUCCCACAAGUCCUGCAAGGCAUGCAUCAAUCAGCAUCUGAUGAACAAUAAGGACUGUUUCUUCUGUAAAGCCACCAUCACGGGGGUGGAGGACUACGAGAAGUCCCCCGCCACCUAGGCCCGCCACGGAGCGCGGGCGAGGAGUUUACAGCUUUAUUUACUGCGUGUUCUAUGUGACGCUGCGCUGCGCUGGAGGAUGCCGGGAGACUGGUGCCGUUUACAGCAGAGAUGCGUUUUUAUGAUUUGUGUGCGGUCACGGAAGCGAGGAUUAAAUUAUUUAUCCAC